UCCUUCUCAUUCUCUCUCUCUCUCUCCCCGAGGAUCCAUGAAGAGAACCGGCGUGGUGGUGGCCGCGGCGUCGUCGGCGACCUUGCUCGCCGCCUCAGCUUGCUCCGCCUCGUCGCCGGCUCUCUUCUCCGAUCCCAGAUCCCGAUCUCCAUCCCAAGGCAUCGAGAAGAUCAAUGUUGAGAAACAGUAUUCGAUGACGGAAAGAUACUCUCCGAGAUUCGAUGGCUUGCGAUUCAUUGAAACCCUUGUCACGGCUCAUCGAUGAAUUGUUCUUCGUCAAAUUGGUAUUUGUUGUUCGAUAAACUUGUUAUAUUGAUGUAUAUUUGUGAUGAAAUGAGAUUCCAAAUCGGUGUUGAAAUUUCAUGAUAUAUAUAUUUUUUUUU